AAAAAAAUCAGAACUCCUGGAUAUGACUGACGCUGGCUGCCGAAGAGGAGUUUACUUUUUUACCCAAAAUGUGCCGAAAACAAGCAAACAAGUCACACACACGAGAAGAAGGAGUUCCCGGUCGGUUCGUUUGGAUUAAACUCCAUCCACGCUCGGCUGGACGACCACGAUAUCCAUGAGGAUGUGAUUUAUUUUUGUUCGGUUCGGCUAAGGAGCAGCCAGGAGGCAAGAAGUGAUACCAUAAAGGAGUGAAGAAAUAACACAAAACCUGAAGGGGUUUGAACCGAAGUUAUGAAAAUGACCGGAGCCAUGGAAACUUCUUUUAAGCUGGCUUUAAAGAAGCCGCCCCUCUUCCGGACGGCAGAGGAUCUACACAUCAUCUAUUGUCACCUCUACCAAAUGGACGUCCUCUCACACCUCAGGGAACAUCAGCUGAGGUCGAUGUGCACCUCCGCCAGGUAUGAGAGACACGAGGCCAACCAUUACCUGUUUUAUCCAGACACCCUCGCCACCUGUUGGUACAUCCUGCUCUCUGGAUCCGUCUUCGUCAAGGAGGACAUGUACCUGGCUAGGUGCUGUUUUGGCAAGCAGCUGGGUGGCAGGCGAGGCUGUGAAUGCAUCACUUUGGAGCCAUCAGAAAUGAUUGUGGUGGAUAACGGCACCGAGGGGGACGACAGCUUCCUGCAGAGAGACGGGUCCCAGCGGCGCUCCAGGCGGCGCUUCAGGAGGGUCAACCCGAAAGGAGAGCGGGAACUCAUCACUGAUGGCCAAGAACCCGGCAGCUACAACAACACGGAUUAUGUCAACAACAAGCUUCCUGCCGAUCUCAAUAAGAUGCACCUGACAGACCACGCCCACCAGCAGGUGAUGCACAUGGCGCCCAGCCAAUCAGGGUGCAGCAUAACCAGCGACUCGGGCAGCAGCAGCUUGUCAGACAUUUACCAGGCCACAGAGAGCGACCUGGGAGACGUGGACCUGUCUGGACUUCCAGAGGCUCCAGUGGACAGCGAGGAAGAGGAGGAGGAGGAUGAAGACCUGGAGAGAGCGUCAGACGGACUUCUGGGCCGGGACCUGGUCCGAGAGUGUCUGGAAAAAGACCCAGCCGACCGCAACGAUGACGACAUCGAACAACUGCUGGAGUUUUUGCACCAGCUGCCUGCGUUCGCCAACAUGACCAUGUCUGUACGGCGAGACUUGUGCAGCGUCAUGGUGUUUGAGGUGGUGGAGCAAUCUGGCACGGUCAUCCUGCACAACAAACAAGAGCUCGACCACUGGUAUGUGAUCUUGAAUGGAGCCGUGGAGAUCAGCCAUGCAGAAAGCCGAACAGAGACUCUUUGUAUGGGGAACAGCUUUGGCAUCUCGCCCUCACUGGAUAAGCAGUACAUGAACGGAGAAGUUCGCACCAAAGGAGAUGACUGCCAGUUCGUCUGCAUCGCCCAGGAGGAUUACUGGCGGAUCCUCAACCACGUGGAGAAAAACACGCACAAGGUGGAGGAGGAGGGGGAGAUCGUGAUGGUGAAGGAGCACCGCGAGCUGGACCGCAGCGGCACCAGGAAGGGACACAUCGUCAUCAAGGGAACUCCAGAGCGUCUGAUCAUGCACCUGGUGGAGGAGCCGUCGGUGGUGGACCCCACCUACAUCGAGGACUUCCUGCUAACCUACAGGACCUUCCUGUCCAGUCCCAUGGACGUUGGCAGGAAACUGCUGGACUGGUUCCAGGUGGACUGCUUCCGGGACACGGUGACGAGAAUAGUGCUGCUUUGGGUCAACAACCACUUCAACGACUUUGAGGGCGACUCGGCCAUGACCCGCUUCCUGGAGGAAUUUGAGAAACAUCUAGAAACAUCAAAAAUGAAGGGUCAUCUGAGGUUGCUGAACAUUGCCUGCGCAGCCAAGGCGAAGUGGAGGCAGAUCACGCUGCAGAAGGCGUCCAGGGAGUCGCAGCUGCAUUUCAGCGUGCAAGGAGGCAGCGAGAGAGGAUUCGGCGUCUUUGUGGAGUCGGUGGAAGAAGGAAGCAAAGCGGCAGAGACCGGACUGAAGCGGGGGGAUCAGAUCAUGGAGGUUAAUGGUCAGAACUUUGAGAACAUCGCCUUGUCCAAAGCCGUGGACAUCCUGAGAAAUAACACACACCUUUCCCUCACCGUUAAAACCAACAUCUUUGUGUUCAAAGAGCUGCUGAGCAGGAUCAUGCACGAAAAGAAAAACGGUGGCCCUCACAUUCCUAAGAUCCAGGAGAAGAAAGGCAACCGUUUCUCCAUCGCCGACUUUUCCGGAGACAUCGAGUUCCCCACGGACAGCAAAAGCACCCGGAAGAUGAAAGCCAACACCGUGUCGGGGGGACGCAACAAGAUCAGGAGGAUGCUGGAGAAAACGCGCUUCAGCAUCCUACCGCCCAAACCGUUCAGUGAUGGCGGCCUGGGUCAGAGUCAGGAUGACAGCAUCGUGGGCACCAAACAGUGUCGUCACAGCGUCGCCAUCAUGCCCAUUCCUGGAAACCUGUCGUCAAGCAGCCCUGACCUGCUGCAGCCGGCGACCAGCGUACUCGACUUCUCCAACCCCGCCGCCCUUGGAUUGUACUACAUCCCAGACCAGGUGAUCCGCGUGUUCAAAGCAGACCAGCAGAGCUGCUACAUCAUCAUCAGCAAGGACACAACAGCCAAGGACGUCGUCACCCACACUGUCAACGAGUUCGGCCUCCUGGCGCCGCCGGAAACCUACUCCCUGUGCGAGGUGUCCGUCAGCCCAGAGGGCGUCAUCAAGCAGCGCCGGCUUCCCGACCAGCUCUCCAAACUGGCCGAUCGGAUUCAGCUGAACGGCAGAUACUACCUGAAGAACAACAUGGAGACGGAGACGUUGUGUUCAGAUGACGACGCUCAGGAUCUGCUCAGGGAGAGUCAGAUCUCCCUGCUGCAGCUCAGCACCAUGGAGGUCGCCGCCCAGCUGUCAAUGAGAGACUUUGAACUCUUCCGAAACAUCGAGUCCACAGAGUAUGUGGAGGACUUGUUCAAGUUGGACUCGUCUGCUGGGUGUACAAACCUGAAACAGUUUGAGGAGGUGAUAAACCAGGAGACCUUCUGGGUGGCCACUGAGAUCCUGAAAGAGCCAAACACCCUGAAGAGGAUGAAGACCAUCAAGCACUUCAUCAAGAUCGCUCUGCACUGCAGAGAGUGCAAGAACUUCAACUCCAUGUUCGCCAUCAUCAGUGGGCUCAACUUGGCACCGGUGGCUCGGCUGCGAAGCUCCUGGGAGAAAUUGCCCAGUAAGUAUGAGAAGCUGUUUGAGGACCUGCAGGACGUCUUCGACCCGUCCAGGAACAUGGCCAAGUACCGCAACGUGCUGAGCAGCCAAAGCAUGCAGCCGCCCAUCAUCCCGCUGUUUCCUGUGGUCAAGAAGGACCUGACCUUCCUGCAUGAAGGCAACGACUCCAACGUUGACGGCCUUGUGAACUUUGAGAAGCUGAGGAUGAUCGCGAAGGAGAUCAGACAUGUGGUGCGGAUGACCUCGGCCAACAUGGACCCGGCCCUGAUGUUCAGACAGAGGAAGAAGAGGUGGAAGAGUUUAGGGUCUUUGAGUCAAGGCAGCACCAACUCCAACAUCCUGGACGUUCAGGGUGGAGCCCAUAAGAAGCGCGUGCGCCGCAGCUCCCUGCUGAACGCUAAAAAGCUUUACGAAGACGCUCAGAUGGCCAGGAAGGUGAAGCAGUACCUGUCCAACCUGACGGUGGAGACGGACGAGGAUAAACACCAGAUCAUGUCCCUGCAGUGUGAACCGUCUUACAACACAUUGGGCAAAAAUCUGAGCGAGAGGCGAGCAAACAAGUCGGACAUGUCUCCGGUGUCCCUCAGGGCGACGUUACCUUCAGGGAAAACUCAGAACAGGGUGUCACAAGUCCUGCAGGUCCAGGUGCCUCUGAACCCUCUGAGGAAGAAGAGCGUUGCCAAGGACCUCGGCGCCGCCAACUCAAAUUCUCCGCAGGUGGUGAAGAAACCUUCAGCGAACUCGUCAGAUGAGUGGAGCGCCAAGAGACCGUCUGAUGACGCCGUCUCCACGGUGUCGUCACUCCACUCCAGCCCCACAGUGUCGCCUCAGGGCUCGCCACGCAAAGUGGGUGGCGCCGCAAAAUCGCAGAACUCCAGCCAGAUGAACUUAUCGGGAUCCUCGUCGUCGCUGACCAGCGACGCCAGCACAAAGACGGGCACCAUCAGUCUGCGCAGCUACGGCAUAGGUUGUCCCCUCCUCCCUUCUGCCAAGUCGGACAACCUGUCGGACUCCAGCCACAGCGAGAUCUCGUCCCGCUCCAGUAUCUGCUCUGUGGACUCGGCCCAGGCCUCCGGACCGGACGACCGCUGUAACCGGGCCGGUUCCGGUACUGCUGCCACCGUUGCUGCUAACGCUACGGCUGCGACGGCUGCUGUGGUCGCUGAGGGCACAGCGGCGUUAAAUGCACACUUAACUGCUGAUUACAGCCAGCCCAGCACAAGCUCUUCACUCGUGGCUCGAGGAGGACAAGCAGCGCGACCUUUCACCUCCUCCCUCUCCACGGAGGAGCUGACUCCGGACCACGCCUCCCUGUCUCUGGACUCGGUGGUGGACAGCGGCCGCGGCAGCUGGACUUCCUGUUCCUCCAACUCUCACGAAUCCUUCCAAAUCCUCCCCGCCUCGUCCUGCCGGCCCUGGGACCACGGCAUCCACGGCCACCCGCUCUCCCUCCCCCACUCGCACCUGAGCGGCUUCAAACUCCCGGCGCUGGGCCGGACGACGGCUGAGGCGGACGCCGCCGGGCCCUCGUGGGCCGGCGACGCCGCCGCCGGUCGCCACACCAGAGACUCCAGCUCAGAUCUGAGCGUCGCGGCGUGGGAGAGCCGGACGUCGUCGGGCUCCCUGUCGGACAACUACGAGGGGAAUUACGGAACGAUAAGGCGGCGAAACGCCUCGGAGUUUCCUUCCUCGCCGGCCAACGAGGAAGGAGGGCAAAGCGCAGACGCCUCGUACAAAACGGUGACGUCGAGCACAGAGAAGGGCCUGAUAGUGUACUGUGUCACGUCCCCCACUAAGGACGAGCGUUACCGAGCUCCCCCUCCCACCCCUCCAGGCUACCAGGGUCUGGCUCUGGGCGACCUCGGGGUCGCAGACGGAGUAGCCGGCGGGCCGGGGUCUCCGGCCCCCCGACCCCCUCACCUCAGGCCUCCAGACUACAGCGUGGCCCUGCAGAGGAGCAAGCUCCUGCAGAGCCCCGGAGCGGCCAGCGGGCUGGCCGAGGCGCGGAGGCUUCAGCUCCGAACGGCCAGCCCCAUUCAGGGCCCGUCCAGACCGCCCAGCGCCGUCCCCCCAGCCCAGGACCUGGCUGACAGCGAGGACGAUGAGCAGGUGUCGGCGGUGUGAAGUCAUCAGCCUGGGGUCAUCAUGUGACCUCUGGACUUUUAUGGACCCGUUUCACAAAUCAGAGAUUUUAGAGACUUUUUUUAAAAUGAGAACUUGUGAACAAAGCUGGAAGAGGCGAUGGCAUCGCAGGAGACAGACGUUUAUCAACAGAAGGACAGAGAGACGACAUUUAUGCCUCGCUGGAAAACCGGACCGCCGUACCUCCGUUCGCUCUCCAGGCUCCCUCCGCUGCACGUUUACUCGUCUUUGCUUUAACUCGACGUUUUGCUUUAAUCAGCUGGAUUUAUGAGCUUGCAAAUGUGAACUCCUUGGUUUCAUUCUUUUUAACUUGAAUGUAAAUUAUGAAGAUCCACAGCUCUCAAAACAAAUGAUUCAGAGAGUUUUAAGUGUUUUGAGAUUUUUCUUUUGCGUUCCCUCACAAUAAGUUAUCAAAAACAUUCUGCUCUGUUUUACAGCCCAAAUGUCACCUAUUUAAAUUUCACACAUGCACAUUUAAAGAAAACGUGUUCAUACAUUCUUAAGUACUUGGUGCAUAAAUCUGAUUGAAAAUCGAUUUAUUAACUGCAUGUUUACAUUUGUUUGUAUCUGAGAUGUAGAAACGACUCUUUGAACAUUUCGGACUACAAACACAAAAAAAAAUCUAUCAAAACUGACUUUAAAAUAACACAAUAGUUUCUGUCUUUAUCCUAGAAGGAAUGGAAAGAGAGCUGUUGUAUUUUACUGGGAUGCUGCUGGUGGAUUUUCAUCCUAAAUAAGAAGAUAUAGAACAUCAGGUAUCUCAAAAACCAGAUAUUAAUGAACAGAUAAUAGCAGAAAGACGUUCAGUAUUCAGUUAUGAUAAAUUAUUGUGAGGGAACACAAAAGAAAAAAAAUCAUCCAUAGUUUUCUAAUCAUUAAAACCUAAAAGGCACUGAUAAAUAUUUUUCAAAAGGUGAAAAAAGAGAAAAUCUUCAGAAAUCUCUCAUGUCUGUGUAGCACUUCCUGUCCCGUCGUUCUGAAACUUUGCGUCACUUUCUCCUCCUCGUUGUGUGUGUGUCUGUGUGUGUGUGUGUGUGUGUGUGUGUGUGUGUGUCGCUGCUUCCUGCUCGUUCUAUAAAACCUGGAUUAAAAUUCGGUUUUAAUGAGCUGAAGAACAAAUGCCUCACUGCCUCCUGCAGAGUAAAAAACCCUCAAUUUAUUGCAGCCGCUGUAAUAAAACAAUAAAUUAACACACACACACACACACACACACACACACACACACACACACACAACCAAAAGGACAGUGUUUACGUGGAGACGUGUGUGUGUUUUGUGUGCAGUGUUUACUGGUUGUCUGUGGAGUUACGAGCUUCUUUGUUGCACCUCGUCUGGGUGAGAAGAGCUACAAAAUAAUGCUGCGUCAGCAAAAAAUAAUGCUGCAUUAUAAACAAAUUUACAGCUGAUCCCUCUGCAGCCUGACUGGCUUACAUCUCUCAAAAUACGUGUAUUUUGUAUAAUAUGUAAAGAAAAUGCUGGAAGAUUUGUUUUGGAAGCAGGAGCAGAUUUGUACAGAAAUAAUUUUUUUUAGUUUUUAACUGGAAUCUUUUUUUUUCCCUCUCUCCGUCUCUGUUCUGUUUGCUUCCUGUAAUUUGCUUUUGCCACACAAAGACUUGAAAUGAUCACUGCUAAUGUAAGUAAGUAUAUACUGAUACUCACAGCAGAUUUAUAAAUUUGUACAUAUAUAUUUUUGCUGUUCCUUUGCCAUAAUUUAAUGUAAACUGAGUCUGUAUAAAUGUGCAGAGAGGAUAUUUUUGAAUAUUUGUGUUGAAAGUUUUGGAGUCUAAAGGAAUUAGUUUUGGUUCUUGUCAUAUUUUUGACCCGUUCUCCCCGUUUUGAUGCUGUUUGCUGAAACUUUGGAUCUUUGAGUGAAAUUGCUGCUGAGUUUUGGGAGGAUGUAGCAGAGUGUGUGUGUGCGUGUGUGUGUGCGUGUGUGUGUGUGUGUGUGUGUUUGUGUGUGUGUGUGUGUGUGUGUGUGUCUGUGUGUGUGUGUGUUUGGGAUCAGAACAAGUCUUUUUCUUUUAUUUGAGUUGCUCAGUGCUUCGCUGCUCUCACAUUAUUUCCAACUCACAACGUUUGUAGUUGCAGUUCUGCUUUGGAGGCUCCUGCCUUGGUGACGCCAGGCGAGUUCAUGCAAACUCCCGACGCUGAGAGGAGCUUUUUGUUGCCUGGAUGUCUGAACUAAAGAGAAAAUCCUCGCUCUAAUUCCACACUCAGCUAAACAUAAAACUCUCUCUCUGCUUGCCUGAAAGCUUUUAUUUUGGCCCUCACCUCUUGGUAUUUUGUCGUUAAUGUCACUUUGACGUUUUGCACAACUGCUUUACUUGUAUUCUUAAACUGAAAUCAGUGUUAAAGAAAUGACAGAAUUUUGUGCAAAGUUUUUCAGAUUCCUUCUGAAAGAGAGAAAUAAUGAAAACAGUCUUUGUUAAACAAAGUAUUGAUAAUAUUCUAAAAUAAAACAAUAAAUAAGUGAACUAGCUUUGCGAAAACGUGACUCUUUAAGCCAAAUUUUCCAAAUCCAGUUUGUUCUGUUACAGGUAAUAUUAAAGUUCAAAUUAAUACAGAAAGCAACUCUGAUCUUCUUGUACCUGCACUGCAAAACAUAAACUCUUUCCAAGUUUAGUCUGGUUUCUAGUGCAAAUAUCUCAGAGGACUUGAAAUAAGACAAAACUCAAUUACAAGUAACUCUUCAGCAAAAUAGAAGAGAUUGUUUUAAGUCAUAAAAUACUUAAUAUUGAUGAAAAUCUUCUGGUUCCACUAGCAGAUAAAUUCACUGAGAACAGACAUUUUUUCCAUAUCAUGAGUGAAAUAAUAUGAAGGAAUUAUUGACUCAUAAUAAUAGCAUUAUCUUGUUGAAAGGUUACUUAUGAGUUAGUUUUUUCUUAAGGUAUUUGCACUAAAAAACAGACUAAAAUUACUUGGUAAGAUUUAGUGUUUUUGCAGUGUGCUUUCUUAUUGAAGUCCUGCUCUCUCUCGCUGUCCUGCAGCCAGGAGGAGCUGCAGUGAGUUCCUUUUAAAAAUCUCCUUUAAGCUUCAUUCAUUCAGGAAUGGCCAACAUUUUGAACAGUUGUUCAAGUUUAAACAACCGUUUUCUUUUUAUUAUUGAAUCUUUGAGCUGAAAAGUUAAUUUCUUGAUUUUUACUUCAGUAAAAAUUGUUUAAAAAAAAAAAGUUUGAUUUUUUUCAGUUUUUUUCUCCUUUGUUCAUUUUAAUCCACAUAUUCUUAGAACUCAGAAAUGCUAAUUAGUGUUUUUUCUGUUAUCAAAAGCCCCAGCUGUAGUGUUUCCUCUCUAAAAGAGCAAAAUGAACACAUGAAUGUGUUUCUUUGAAAAUAGAACGAGAAAAACAACAAUUCCCUCACCUCAGAAAAUAAUUUAGCCCUUUGUUCCUUUGUUUCCUGGAACGCAAUAAGAGAGACGUGGAUGUGUGUUUUUGUGUGUUUGUGUAAACGUCUUCUGGCAUUACAGCAGAAAUGCACAAUAAGCUUAAAUGUGGAGAGUGAGCUGCACAAUCUUGUACAGAGGUAUUAACUGGUCUGUGGCUAAACGUCGGCUUCUCGUCUCUCACCUAUAGAUGUUGUAACUUAUGUCUUUUAGAAAGACAGACAUGAAUUUAGCUUGUACGCUUUUUAUCUAUUUUUUACAAGUGAUUGUAAAUAGUUGUUAUAUUUUUGUUUAAAAGAAUGUUUAAAAAAUGAACCAUUAACUUUUAUUUCUCGGAGUCUACUGAUAUUAAUUUGGACAAUGAAUAAAAUGUUAAACUGA